GCGGUGGCAGAGGCGGAAAGCGGCGGCGGGGCAAGAUGGCGGCGCCCAGGGAGGCGGCUGUGGCGCAGCGAAUCGACCCCGCGCGGGAGCCGGGGCUGAGCCCGGAGCAGCGCCGCUUCAUGGCGCAGGUGGAGCUCGCCCAGCGCCAGCGAGCCUUACAGAAACGGCUCCGAGGCCGCAACGUGCUGCUGGCGCUGGGCAUCGGCGCCGUGACGGCGGGGAUCUACGGCUACACCUUCUACUCGGUGUCUCAGGAGCGCUUCCUGGACGAGCUGGAGCUGGAGGCGGAGGCGGCGCGGGCCCGGGCCUCGCAACGGGAGCGGAGCGCGGCCACCUGAGGGCGGCCCGGCCCCGGACACGGCGUGAGGCGGCGGGGGGAGCGGCCCCGGGCCGGGCACGGAGCGGCCUCGGUGGGCCCAGCGCGGCCUGCGGGGUCCCGGCGGUUUCCUCACGGUUCCCCUGCGGUUCCCCUGCGGGCAGGGUGCUGCCCCCCGCCCUCAUCUCCCCCCCGUGUCCCACCGGGAACGGGAAUGGGACCGGGACCGGGCGGGGGGCGCGCUCUGGGGUGGGCAGGGGGCUCUGCCGGCCGGCCCUAAUGUAAUAAACGCCUCGUGACUGGA